AUGAUCCCUCCACCUACACGACGGGACAUCCCUUUCAUUGCCAUAGUCGCUAUCACUAUCUAUGUUUUGCUCUCCAGUGUUCGAUCCGAAGGGCAGACAUUUGAGCGCACAGGAAAAGUGACUCGCACAACACUGAAUGUCAAUCGCUGCAUUGAGCUGCACAAUGCUAUCAUCCGCGAGAACGCCGAAGCCCCCGGCUUUGAGCCUCUAGAGGUGGUCAACUACACCGACUACUGGGAAGAUGAGAAGCUGGAUGAGCUGAGAUUGCUCAAGCAGAACCUCAAGGCCCCGCUGUUUGAGUUUCUCUCGCGAAGCCAUCAAUUCGUGGAUGUCCCCAUAGCUAUGUUGCCUUUUACCUGGGGUCUAUCGUCGCCAAGCCAACUUAACCCUGACUCGAAGCUUCUGUACUGGAGAGAUUAUGGUGACCCUGUGGUGCUCUAUAGAGCCGCUUCUUCGCAAUACAGUUCCGGGGGACUAGUGUUUGAUAUGAAAACCAACAAAGCCACUUGGGUUAACAUCCUCUGGGAUAGGCCUCCGGAGUACAAAGAGCAUAUAUGGGCGCCACUGGACGUGAUCCUGGAGGCGUGGUUGACAUAUAUUCGUCGCCGAGGUGUCCCUCGCUUUUGGGAUGAGCAUGCCUUUGGAGGCCAUACGCUAGGUUGGGGAAUCCGUUAUCCACCACCGCAGGAUGUCGAGGAGGAUUUGGAAGUGUGGAACCGGUACGUGGCGCUGGUAGAGAGCAAGCUUCCAGAAGGCUCAUAUCCCACCAUUUCCAAUACCAGCACCAACGCCACAGAAGGACCUGAAUUCCUGGGCUUCCCGCAGGCAUUCUUAAAUCAAGCUCGAAGACCGGCGUUCAAAUAUGUCGCACCGGAGCUGGUAUUCCCUUCUCCUUCACAGCUGGCUGCGCUUGCCGAAACACAACGUGCCGGCUGGGUAAAGAGAAGGAACCCACGUUGGUAUUUGGAGGAAUUUAUAGACCGCGACACUGAUAUCGAGGGGGCAUUAGACUCCGACAAGGUCUUUCCCACCGUCCUCUUUCCGCUCGGCGAGAAUAUCAACGCAGGGCUCUCUACUAGUAGCCACAACGCCUGGCAAGAUGGUGUGGGACUGAUUUUGCCCACGCCAGGGGUCUACGAUCUACAUUAUGGAGAAGGGUUAAGCAAAUUUGUAUCGCCGCGGUUUAAACGAGUGUGGCAGGUCGAGGGUCGCGACUCCCCGUUUUGGGCACCUCAUCCGGCGAGGCUUGCGAGGGUCUUGGAGAAGUGGAUUCAAUACGUGGAGGAAGGGACAUGGAAAGUUGGCAAAGAUGGAAUAAAAGGAAAGCUAAGUGGCUAUCUGAAGCAUGAGGUGAUCCGUGGGAACUGGGGGUUAGAGGUCGAACCAUAUGGCAUGUUGCUUGAUGGAGUCGACGCCUCAUAG